GUUCUAGUUUUUUUUUUUCUUUUUUCUUUUCUUCUGUGUUCUGUCGUAAUCAGGUGGCGAAACGAAAACCCUCGGGAAUCCUCUGGUUCUUUCUCCUCCGUCGUCACUUUUUUUUAAAACUCAGAUUCCGGUGUCCUUCUUCCUUUCGCUAGCGUUUAACCUCUUUACCUUGACGUUGUCUCUGUGAGCUCUCUCGCUCUGCUUUGACUGCAACCAUGUCGACCAUUAUGCAGAAGAUCAAAGAAAUUGAAGAUGAGAUGGCUAAAACGCAGAAGAAUAAAGCUACUUCUCAUCAUCUGGGUUUGUUAAAGGCCAAACUUGCUAAGCUACGGAGGGACCUUCUUGCACCGCCUACCAAAGGUGCUGGUGGUGGUGCGGGUGAAGGUUUUGAUGUGACUAAAAGUGGAGAUUCUAGAGUUGGACUAGUUGGGUUUCCUUCUGUUGGAAAAUCAACGCUCUUGAACAAGCUGACUGGGACAUUUUCCGAGGUUGCUUCUUAUGAGUUCACAACUUUGACAUGCAUUCCCGGUGUUAUUACAUAUCGUGGAGCUAAAAUCCAGUUAUUAGAUCUUCCUGGUAUUAUUGAGGGUGCUAAAGAUGGAAAAGGUAGAGGACGACAGGUUAUUAGUACUGCUAGGACAUGCAACUGCAUCUUAAUAGUUCUUGAUGCCAUAAAACCUAUUACUCACAAGCGUCUCAUUGAAAAAGAGCUCGAAGGAUUUGGAAUAAGGUUGAACAAGGAGCCACCAAAUUUAACGUUUAGGAAAAAAGACAAAGGUGGUAUCAAUCUAACUUCUACAGUCGCAGUCACACACCUUGAUCUGGACACUGUCAAGGCGAUUUGCGGUGAGUACAGGAUUCACAAUGCUGACAUCACCCUGCGCUAUGAUGCAACUGCUGAUGACCUCAUUGACGUCAUUGAGGGCAGUCGGAUAUAUAUGCCCUGUAUCUACGCUGUCAACAAGAUCGAUCAAAUCACACUUGAGGAGCUCGAAAUUUUGGACAAACUUCCUCAUUACUGUCCUAUCAGUGCGCAUCUGGAGUGGAAUCUUGACGGUCUGCUGGAUAAAAUAUGGGAAUACUUGGAUCUAACUCGAAUCUACACAAAACCGAAGGCAAUGAAUCCAGAUUACGAUGAUCCCGUUAUCUUAUCUUCCAAGAAGAGAACAGUAGAGGACUUCUGCAUCCGGAUUCACAAGGACAUGCUCAAACAAUUCAAGUACGCUUUGGUUUGGGGUUCAAGUGCGAAACACAAGCCACAGAGAGUUGGAAAGGAGCACGAGCUGGAGGAUGAGGAUGUUGUUCAGAUCGUGAAAAAGAUAUGAUUUUUACCAGAUAGCGGAGAAGCCAACCAAAAAAGUAGGCAUAAUGAGAUAUCUAGAGAAGGUUAGGAUCUUCUAUUAUUGGUUUGGUUACUCUGCUUAUCCAUCUGUUUUUUUAAAAUACUGUAUCAUACAAUUAUAUGGAAAGACGAAAUCCGUGUGUCUGCACCCUUUUUGUAUUUUUGGAAACCCCAUGACUUUUUUUUUUUUUUUUUUUAUCUGUUUCCAUUAAUAGCAUGUGAUUGAUGUUGUCGGAACCCUCUCAUAUUAUUGUGUUUCGGAUAUGGUUUUGCCCAGUAGUGGUAGAUUUUUUAUGUAUGCAAGUUGACUAAAUUUUUGAAA